UGAAAUCUAUCCAUAUUUUGGGGAUAGGCUAUAUUAUAAUGCUCUACUUUUGGAGCGUUCGCGUAGGCUACCGCGCUCGUCAAAUCAAUGAUUUAUCGGUUCAGGAUUCAAUAAUGCAAUGUUGGCGACGGUCCAAUGUAUUGCGGAUGUAGCCCUCAUUUCCCUCUCGAGGCAGGCAGUGAUAUGGCUAAAGGUUACGGCGGAGUGAUAUGCUGUAGUCUUCGACAAAGAGCUGCGAUAAAUCGGGAGGGAGAUCCCAUGAAUAGUGCUUGAGCCCUAUGUCACUAAUGGACGGAGUCGUUGUAUAAAACACGAAAUGUAACCCCAAAUAUAAACACGCUAGCAAAGAGAAUCACUGAACACUUCACAGGAGAACAUGGAGAAGAAAAGGUGGGCAUGCUUGGCUCUCCCCAAGGGCUGGCAGAUCGAAGAAGUGACCAGAAAGUCCGGUUUGUCUGCGGGAAAAAGAGAUGUAUAUUAUUUUAGUCCAACCGGGAAGAAGUUUCGGAGCAAGCCUCAGCUGGCUCGUUACCUUGGCAACCAGAUGGACCUCAGCUCCUUCGACUUCCGCACAGGGAAGAUGCUCAUGAGUAAACUGAACAAGAACAGGCAGAGACUGCGCUAUGACAACAACAACAAUCAGACCAAGGGCAAGCCAGACCUGAACACAUCACUCCCCGUCAGACAGACUGCUUCCAUCUUUAAGCAACCUGUCACCAAGGUUACCAACCACCCCAGCAACAAAGUCAAGACAGAUCCACAGAAAGCCGUCGACCAGCCGAGACAGCUUUUCUGGGAGAAGAAGCUUGGUGGUCUCGAUGCCUUUGACAUCGCAGAGGAGCUAGUGAAGACAAUGGACCUGCCUAAAGGUCUUCAAGGAGUUGGACCUGGAUGUACAGACAAGACUCUACUGUCAGCGAUAGCCAGCGCCCUGCACACUAGUGCAGCCCCCAUCACCGGUCAGCUGUCUGCAGCCGUGGAGAAGAACCCGGGGGUGUGGCUCAACACAUCGCAGCCCCUGUGCAAGGCCUUCAUUGUCACUGACGAGGACAUCAGGAAGCAGGAGGAGCUGGUGUACAGUGUGAGGAAGAAGCUGGAGGAGGCUCUAAUGGCGGACAUGUUGGCUCAUGUGGAGGAAGCAGCCAGCGAGGGCGACUCACUCGAGGAGGACAACGACGACAUGGAGACUGUAUAGCAGAGGGUGAUGGGGAGUUAGAGUAGUUUGGAUGGGUCUUUCACCACCUUAUCACAGGACCAUGAAACCUGUACCAAUCCAACCAAAAGAACUGCCCACUUUCCACCUACUACCCCUCUGAAGCUUUACCUACCCACUGCCCACCUCGCCCGCUGGUUGGGCUCUUCUGGCUCCAGUGCUAAGAAAGGACUUGGACCAAGCCAUUCUGAAUCAAAUAAUUGAGCUAAUAAUCUUUCAUUUGAAAAAGAGAUCAUCCAAUAACUUUUUGACAGUGAAGAGUGAGAGGAGAGCGAUUUACAUACAUUAUGACAAAUUCAGUGUUCAAUGAUGUAGUUUUAUUUUUUACAAGACGUAUGGAUUUUCUGAAUGUGAGAUGUAUGUUGUGACAAUCAUAUCAACCCCCCUCCCCCCCCACAUACACACACACAAAACAAACAAAAAAACUACUUUUUAAAUGUAUUUGGAGUUUUUCAAUUAGUAGCGAAUGCUGUUUUUCUCUCUGGGUUUCUAAUGCACUCCAUGGGGCUCGAUGGACCAUAGUGUAGGGGUACUUUGGUUCAGUUUACAGGGCUAUGUGAGAGAGGCUUUGAUGAGGGAACAAUCUAUUUACCCAAAUGAUGCACUCUAAAGCAUGAGUCACAGGAUGGAGAAUUAGUGAAAAAUGAUUGAAUUGUGUUCUCAAGGAUAUAUUCUUGUCAUUGUAAUGUAGUCCAUUCAAACCCCUUACCAAGUAUUGACCAAAGAUAGUGCAUGUGAAAGUCUUGCAGUAUUCUACUGUAGUUAUUUUGUUAUAGCAUCAUAUCCAGCUUCUCAAUAGCUAGUGAUGUUUCCACAUGACUCUGAGUUAUGAGUGAAGUCAUACUGUACAUGGUUAAAAUGGGUACUAGAAGUGACUUGGACCCUUCUCUCCUGCAUUGUGUCGAUUUUUAUUCAUUUUAACACUCAUUGCUCACUGAAGUUGUUGGUUUAACGUUGCUGUUUCUAGCCAAUGCAUGUUUGUCCCCAUGGCCAUGCUUUUUAAAAUGUUUCCAAUAAUGGGUCAUAGCCAUCACAACACUUGCUGCCUCCAUUAUCUUGUGCACUGGGUGCCAGACAGAGUAAACUAAGCAGAUUUUGUUUGACUAAAGAUUAAGGGCUGGACUCAAUCUGUAUCGUGGAAGAUCGGUGUUAAAUUUAAAGGUCAUUUUUUUGACAUUCCGUUGACAUAUGCAGCGUUUAAUGUGAAUGCAGUCUUUGAAAUGCCUUUUUGGGGUGGCAGGUAGCCUAGUGGUUAGAGGGGGUGGCAGGUAGCCUAGUGGUUAGAGGGGGUGGCAGGUAGCCUAGUGGUUAGAGGGGGUGGCAGCUAGCCUAGUGGUUAGAGGGGGUGGCAGCUAGCCUAGUGGUUAGAGGGGGUGGCAGGUAGCCCAGUGGUUAGAGGGGUGGCAGGUAGCCUAGUGGUUAGAGGGGGUGGCAGGUAGCCCAGUGGUUAGAGGGGGUGGCAGGUAGCCCAGUGGUUAGAGGGGGUGGCAGGUAGCCCAGUGGUUAGAGGGGGUGGCAGGUAGCCCAGUGGUUAGAGGGGGUGGCAGGUAGCCCAGUGGUUAGAGGGGGUGGCAGGUAGCCCAGUGGUUAGAGGGGGUGGCAGGUAGCCUAGUGGUUGGAGCGUUGGGCCAGUAACAGAAAGGUUGCUGGAUCGAAUCCCCGAGCUGUCAUGGUAAAAAUCUGUCGUUCUGCCCCUGGACAAGGCAGUGAGCCCACCUAACCCCAGUCGGCCUUCAUUGUAAAUUAAGAAUUUGUUAUUAACUGACUUGCCUAGUUAAAUAAAGAUUUGAUUUGUUUAAAAUUUGUAAGAACAAAACAAUUGAGUUAUAGUGUGGAUUUUCCACAAUGUAGAUUAAAUCCAGCCCAAAGAUUCUGUGUUGAGAAAAUUCAUUGCGCUUUGUACAUAUACCCACAUUUCUCAAAGUUUGUAUGUUUCAAUUGUCAAGCUCAAUUGUCAAGCUCCCUAUCCAACAUCAGCAGGCUGAACUGAAUUUUAUGUUACUGAGUAAAAUGUAUCGGUAUAUCAACAGAA